AUGGGCAUGCAGCGAGUUCGAAAUCACUAUUACUCUGGAGCUCAAAUUCUAAGGAGUUCUUCAAUAACACCAUAUGAUUACAUCUUCACAAAGCCAAGAUCAAAGGCAGCGGACAAAAAACAAGCAGCUGUAAAACACAGUCAAGCAGAAAAGAGACGCAGGAUGAGAAUCAACACUCAAUAUGAGGCCCUCAAAAACCUCUUCCAAAAUAAAACCAAAACGGACAAGGCAUCAUUAUUGGCAACUACUAUUGAAAUAGUUAAAAAUUUGAGAAAAAAUAGUAUUCUACAGGAAGCUUCUAGUAGCUCAAAGAAGGAAAUGAAUAAGGUUACUAACCAGAAGAAAAUGCAAGAAGCUUGUAGCCCAAGAAAUGAUGAUGUGUUUCCUAGUUGGGAAGACAAGUGGAGUCUAAAACAUGAAGAGGAUCUAAUGAAGGCUACAUUGAAUUGUGAGGAUAAGCCAGGAUUGAUGUCAACAAUAGCAAAGGCAAUGGGGUCAGUGGAAGCCAAGGUUGUAAAGGCUGAGAUGGUGAAUGUUGGAGGAAGAACUAGGGUUGUGUUGUGGGUCAAAGAUUCCAAUGGUGAUCGUAAAGGUGAAGAGAUUCUCAAGAGGACACUCAGUACUCUCAUGCAAAGGCCAGUCCCUAAAAAGAGGCGUUUUACUCAAUAA